GAAAACCCUUGGGAUGCCCUAUUGAGCGGCUCCAUGCACACUGGCUAACAGUUCCCGGUCAGUCAGGCUGUGUGCGUGCUGUCGGUUAUGUUUUAUCAAAUGCUACAAGCAAUGAACAGGGUCUCUAAACGUUUUUUUUUUUUUUUUUUUUGUUUGGUUGGGGUUUUUUUGCGUCAAUCCCCUUUCUCUCUUAUUCUUGGCAUCAGGAAGUAGUUAUCAAUAUGACUCAGGCAGGAAUUGUGAGUGACUAAAUUGUGCAUGGUACACAGGGAUAAUCGUUUCUGGUGAGUAAGGUGCCGAACAGCCCCGCGAUAUCCGUGGAGGAGUUCAGUUCUGUUCAAGUUUUGACGGUCUUCGUUAAAGCGAGAAAGGCAACUCUCGCACCGUGAUAUCAUACUUUGUAUUUAUAAUUACACCUUCAAGAUCUACGUGUUUCCCCCCCCCCCCAGCUGUUUUUACUUUGGCCGUGUCAAAAUGGUAACACUCUAGCAAGUGGAACGCGCUCUGAACGAGUUUCAGAAACCCGUCUUGUUUCAUUCUAGAGGAUAUUAUUGCAGUACCUGCCUGUCUGCCUACCUACCUACCUACGCCAGGUGCCGUGUGUCACGUAGCGCAGGGCAGCAGUGUCACUGGAUGCUCAAUUCUCCAUAACCAAAGGCUGCAAAGGGGCUGAGAGCUCUCAAUUUGAAUGCCUUUGCAAGGGUUUUGCUCGUUCCUUUGCUGCAGGCACGGUUUCACGUUGCUUGGAUGGGAAUAUGGAGAGAAAGAGGAGGAAGAAUCGUUCGAGUUGCGGAGUAAGGACGACCGACCGACGUGUAACGUGAGGGGUCCCUUGGAUAUAGCUCUCACCCAGCCAGUUCGCAUUGCCAAUGGACCUAGCAGCCUCUCAGAGAUUCCAGAAGAAAUGAGGAGCCUGAUUAUUGAGAAGAGCAAGGGAGCGAUCGAGGAGGAUGCAGAGAUUGUUGUCAAAGGCUGGCUGUACAGAGAAGUGCACGGAGGGUGGGUCAAGAUGAGGAGGCACUGGUUUGUCCUGACUCCAGACUCUCUGGACUUCUACACCAGCAACGAGAAGAAUGCCAGGAGGCUGGGGUCACUGGUCCUGACCAGCCUCUGUUCUGUCAUCUGGCCCGACAAACAGAGCUACAAAGAAACUGGCAGUUGGAGCAUCAUGGUGUACGGUCGCAAGCACAGCUAUCGGUUAUACACAAAGCACUUUAAUGAGGCGGUACACUGGGCAUGUGCAAUUCAGAAAGUCAUAGACAGCAAGCCUCCUGUCGAAACCCCGACACAGCUCCUUAUCCGGGACAUCCAGGAGAACAAGUUCAACGCUGAAGCUGUGGAGCAAAUCUACAAACACAACCCCAUCCUGAAACACACUCAGAGUCCUCUCUACGCCUCCCUGCUCCCCUUUUCCUACUGCAGUCUGGAGCACACCUGUCACAGUGCAAAGGGCUACACCACACUGUGUGAUGAGGCGGUGAAGAUCUUCAACUCCUUACAGCAGCUGGAAUCAGCCCAGGACCCUGUGCCCCUCAUCCAGGGGGUUCUGCAGACCUGCCUGGACCUUCAGCCACUGCGGGAUGAGGUGUACUGCCAGCUGGUCAAGCAGACGAGCGGGGUGCCCAGCCCUGACACCCCGGCACAGCUCCGAUACUGGCAGCUACUGACCUGCAUGAGCUGCACCUUCCUGCCCAGCCUCUCCGUCCUCAAACACGUGCACUUCCACCUCAAACGAGUGCAGAGUCAGUACCGGGAGACCGAGAUGGAUAACUAUGUAGCAUUUAUAUCCGAAUCUCUGGGGAAAACCAAAGGGAGGUUAUGCGUGCCAUCCUGGGAGGAGAUCCGGGUCCUGAUAAACCGGCAGGAGAUGAUCUGCACCGUUCACUACCCCGGCCGGGGCAGCUGCAAGCUCCCCAUCCGCUCCUACACCACCGCCGACGAGGUUGUGAAGAAGAUGAAGGAGAGGUUGGGUCUGCAGCUCAGCCGCAACACCUUCGCACUGUUUGAGGGGAACACCUACAAGGAGCGGGCAGUAGGGGGCAGCACUAUCAUCGCAGACAUCCUCACCAGGUUUGAAAAGGAGCCUGAGUCGGAACAUCAGUGGAAACUCUGUUUCAAGCUCUACUGUUUCCUGGAUACAGACAGCAUCCCCAAAGACAGCAUCGAGUUCAUGUUCCUCUUUGAACAGAGUAAAAGCCUCCCCCAUUGGAUUCUGCAGUCCCAUGCCAUGGUGAUCCAGGGCCACUUGCCUGCCUCAGAGGAGGAACUGCAGCUGUUAGCGGCCCUGCGGCUCCAGUCCCUGAACGGAGACUUCAACACCCACACGCCCACGUCCCAUCUCGAGGAGCUCUUCCCCGGUCGUGUCAUCGAGGCGAAAGCCCUGGCUGCUGUCAAGACCGUUUCUGCCAAGCCGGUCCGCUUCCCCGCGGGCUUCCUGACGGGGGCGCUGCAUGCAGGGCUCUGGAACCACGCCGCUGUGCACAAGCUGAAGGCCGAGGAGUGCUUUCGCUUCCAGGGCCGGCUCAAAGAGGAACGGGCCUCCAUGAUGGCUUCAAUUGUGGAGCGGUGGAAGACUCUGCAAGGCCAGGCCCGGGAGGACGUCAUGGAGGCUUACCUAUCCGUCGUCAAGCAGUGGCCCGGGUUCGGCUCUACCCUCUACGAAAUCGACUUCUAUUUUAGCUCAACAGGAAGUUUUUCACAGUGGCUGUGGCUGGGAGUUGCUGCAACAUCGGUAUCUCUGUACAGACAAGGAGAUCCCGAACCGCUGGAGAGUAUCCGUUACGGGCUGAUCUCUUCAUACGGUGCCUCGGAUACCACCACCUUCAAAAUCACCACGGGAGACCAGGAAUUCAUAUUUGAAACCAGCAAAGUAAGCGAUAAAAACAAGGCAUUCUAGAACCGGUUCAUGUCUCUCAGUGCUGAAAAUUAAGUAUCAGUGGCUUAGUUAAAUAAAACACAAAGAAUCCUCCCCCCACUUAUUUUAUUGCAGAGAGAACUAGGGGCGCAGAGUUCAGCCAAAUUGCAUUCCCCAGCUCAUCAGAUUCGUGAAGAUGGAUUCAUUACUAAAUGUUUUUACCUGUUUAACAAAGUAGAUCGAGAGAUGUAUAUAGAUUGGUCGUGUAUAUCCUUUUAUACACCUACCUGUAUGAAAACCUCAGGCUGUGAGAAUUUCAAGUUUCGGUCAGUAAAUUGGUGAUGUAGAAACAACAGGUACUCCUGUGUGAAAAUGCUGGACCAGUCUGUGCUUUAAUUAGUUAUCUGAAACCACUUAUAAAAAGUCCCCUGCAUUUUACCAUUUGUCUGGCUGUGUCCCCUUUUCACUAUUUUAAAUUUAAUGGCCUAUUAAAGUCAUCGAUUUAAAUUAGACAAAUCACCAAUUUGCCUAUUUUGACAAUUUUUCAAUUGGUUGCAGCUGUUUGAUUUCAUAUGCACAACAAAUCACAACUACAGAAGCAAUGGGGUGUUCUAAUACAUUCAUGCACUACUGUAGAGAGAUGUAUAUAUAGGGUUAUAAAACAGCUUGGUAAAAUCUAUUUAGGUCAGCAUCUAUUUUAACUUGCAUUCGUUUU